CCCCGAUAUUGUUUUCUGGUUUGUAUUGUCAGCACCCGCUGAGCUUGGGCAAUGAAGGCCAACUUCCUGCAUGUGACGCCACCUGUGAGCAGAGACAGAACCAUCUCCCACUUCCCCAAGUGGUACACACCUGAGGCCUGCCUCCAGCUCAAAGAUCACUUCCACGCCCAGGUGAGGAGUGCCUGUCGGCGACAGAACACAGGCACUGUUGGGCUAAAAAUAUCAAAAGUGGUUGUGGUGGGAGACCUCUAUGUUGGAAAAACAAGCCUCAUCAACAGGUUUUGUAAAGAUGUUUUUGACCGGGAUUACAAGGCAACCAUUGGAGUGGAUUUUGAAAUUGAGCGUUUUGAGAUAGCUGGAGUUCCAUACAAUCUUCAGAUAUGGGAUACAGCCGGCCAGGAGAAGUUCAAGUGCAUUGCAUCUGCCUACUACAGAGGAGCAGAAGUGAUUAUAACAGUCUUUGAUUUGGCCGACAUCCAGACUUUGGAUCACACCAAGCAGUGGCUGGAGGAUGCACUGAGGGAGAAUGAACCAGGCUCCAGCUUCAUCUUUCUCGUUGGAACAAAAAAAGAUUUAGUGUCUGACGCUGCCUGUGAGCGGACAGAACAGGACGCCAUCCACCUGGCCAAUGAAAUGCAGGCAGAAUAUUGGUCCGUUUCAGCCAAGACAGGGGAAAACGUCAAGGGUUUUUUUUCCCGAGUUGCUGCCUUGGCCUUUGAAAAAUCGAUGCUGAUGGAGCUGGAGAAGAGCAACAGCCGAAUGGCCCAAAUUGGUGCGGGAAACCUCAUCAAAAUAGAAGGGGACUCGCCAGAGACUUUGGAAGCCAACCCACAAACUAGCCCAAGUUGUUGCUAGUAGCCAGCUGUGGCUAUAACAAUUUCCUGGCCUCUUGGAGGAUUCACCAAAUAGCACUUCAGUAAAGCAG